UUUAAGCACAAAGCUAUUCUAAAUAGUACAAGGAACGCGUGUAAUGGGUAGUAAAUACCUCCUAGUGUUAGCACUGCUGGCAGUGCACAGUGUAGUAUCACAGAACACUGCAGAACAGGAUGGCUUUAACCCGAGGAUCUACUACGGAGACGAUGCAGAGAAAGGGGAGUUUCCUUUCAUGGUUAGACUGUCAGAUGAUUAUGGACACUGGUGCGGAGGAGCCCUUAUCAGUUCCCGUAUAGUGAUAACAGCUGGACACUGCCUCUUCUUAGACGGUGAACUGUUAACUGAGUUCCCAAUUGUCACAGUUGGGGAUCACAGUGGAAAGGAUGAAGACAUGGAACAGAGAAUGGAGGUUAUGAGGAUAAUCCCCCACCCGGACUACAGUGAUAGGACCCUAGAGAACGAUAUAGGACUAGUAAUACUGAAAGAGGCUGUACAGAUAACAGAAACAGUUACCACAAUAUCCUUACCAGAAGAUGAGAGGCUCUACAAGGAAGGAUCUGCAGUGACAGUAAUAGGAUGGGGUGGAACUGAGGAGUCCUACGAGGCUGCUACCCUUCAGAAACACGUGUACGAGAUAUCUAACCAGGAGGAGUGUAAAAGCUUCUGGGAGUAUACGAUAUACGAGGGUAUGGUGUGCACCGGUAAACCUCCUCUGAAGGGCCACGCUUGGACAGGGGACUCAGGGGGACCAUUGUUUACUCAAGAUGCCAGUGGUAAGUUUGUUCUGCUGGCCUUGACAAGUUGGGGAACUGACGUAGCAACUCCUGAUACUUACGAUGUGAAUACUGACGUGUCCUACUAUAUGGACUGGAUUAAGGAGCAGAGUGGAGUGGGUUUAGAUGAGUCGUUGAGUUUAGAGCUGCAGGGGGGUGUGAACCACGGGGUUGUUUUAGUUACAGACUACUCGGGGACCUCUACCAUCUGCAACGAUGGCAUAGGACAGGAUGAAGUCAGUGGUGUGUGCCGACAUCUUGGAUACAGCUACGGGAUCCUCAAACACCUCACAGACUACCAAACUGGCAAAAAGAAUACAAUUGUACCUGAACUACCGGGAUUUGGUAAAACCAAUCUGAAAUGUAGUUCUGAAGCUAAAGAUGUCUCAGGGUGCACAUUUAACAGCUACCCUGGAGAGGUGCCCUGCUUUGGAGGGCAGCAGCUAGCUGUGCAAUGUGCUGGUAUUAAGUGGAGAUUCCAGAUAACUGAUAUGGAUUCCAAGAUCACCAUCACACCAGGCGGGGUAGCUAAAGGAAAGGUAUCAUGCAGGGUUGAGGCUGAGAAAUAUGAUAUGGGUAUUAACUUACAGAAGGAAGUGGAAGUUGGCUUGAUAAAUGUAAAAGAAGAUGGGGAUGAUUUAGAGUAUAUUGCUGAUAUGAUGUACAAGAAGAAAAUGGGCGUCUUCACGACAAAACUAAAACCAAAGGAGCAAGUUGAGCACGACUGUUUUGUAUGUGUAGCAGUUUUAAAGCAUGAUGAUGACUUCUUAGCUAUUAAGGGGGAGGAUAAUUGCAAUUUUGACGCGGAGUCUAACUCGUUUAGACAAUCUCUCAGGUCCUUAUUUCGGAAAGAGCGGAGCAAUGGAGUAAUACAUUUACUACUGGUUCUGGUGACCCUCCAGAACAUUUAUGCGCAGAGGGCGGACCUUGACAAUGCAGACCACUUUGAGUCUAACUCGGACCUUGACAAUUGGGGUUAUGCCGACCAGAAUGCCGACCAGAAAAUAUACAACGGAGAUGACGCCGAACUCAACGAAUUUCCUUUCAUGGUGCGGAUAGUGUCUGAAUAUGGGGACCACUGGUGCGGAGGAGCCCUGAUAAAGUCCAGGGUGGUACUGACCGCAGCGCACUGUGUGGUACACAAUGGCGAGGUGGCCAAGGGCAUGAAAGUGGUGGUUGGAGAUUGGAAGAUUGAUCAAGAAGAGGAAAAUGAAAAAGAGUAUGAGACGGUGAGAAGUGUUGUACACCCUGGAUACAUGCACGAUGCUCGGUACGGUGGAGACAUUGCUCUGAUUGUGCUGAAAGAGGAUGUCCAGUUAGGUGAUGGUGUGAAGCUCAUUUACCUGCCAGAGGACAGGAGCUUCUACGAAGCUGGAGCCCCUGUCACCGUCAUAGGGUUCGGUGGAACUGAGAAGGGGUAUAUUAGUUACACUCUCCAGAAACACGAAUCUGAGAUAUCUGACCAAGAUGCGUGCAAGGACUACUGGGGGGCUGAACAAGUCACCUUAUUGGAGGGGGCAGUGUGUACUGGGAAGCCUCCCCUGGAGAGCUUCGCUUGGCAGGGCGACUCAGGAGGCCCACUCUUUGCAAAAGAUGCAGGCGGCCAGUUUGUUCUGGUUGCCUUGACUAGCUGGGGGGUUAAUAAGCCAGAUACUGAUUCCUAUGAUGUUAACACUGAUGUACACUUCUACAAAGAUUGGAUUGAAGAGAACACUGAAAAAGCUCUGGAUUCAAUGUGGAUUGAACUUAAAGGAGGUCUAUCCCACGGAGUUCUCCUAUUCCAUGACGGUCCAGAAGAGGUGUACACUGUGUGUAAUCAAGGAGUUGGAAAACACGAGGUCGAUGCGAUCUGUCGACAUCUGGGCUACUCAUACGGUGUUCUAAAACACUCUGUAGAAUACAAGAAAAAGCAAAGGAAGCAGAAGUCUGAACUACCUAAGUAUGGUGUGACAAAUUUAGAAUGUUCUGCUGAAGCUAAGAAUGUGUUUGAUGGUUGCGAUAUAAAUGAGUACCCAGGCGAAGCUACAGUGCCCUGUUUUGCAGGUCAAGAAGUGACUGUACAGUGUGCGGAUUCUGAGUGGAUAUUUGCAGUGGAUGUUAUUGAUACCAAGGUGAAGAGUGAUGGUGACUACGUAAAAGGAAAGGUUGACUGUAAGGUAGAUGCUAAGCUGUACGGCUCUCUCAUAGAUCUGAAGGAAGCAGUGCAAGUGUCCCUUCUCAAUGUUAUGGAUGAUGGUAGUGUGCAGGUUGUUGAGGAGAAUAUGAGGUACAGGAAGAGAGCACAGUCCUUUUUUGCUAAGCUGAAAGUCCAGGAUGAAAUAAAACAUCACUGUUUUGUUUGUGUGGCUUCCAUUCGGGAAAACGGUAAGUUCUUUGAUGCAAAAGUGGAAGUGAAGGAUUGCAAGAUGGACUCUGCAGCAGCACUUAAAAUCGUCAAUGAUAGAAAGAAAGCUGAAGAGUGACGUAAUCAUUGCAAGAAGUGACGUAAUCACUGCAAGUAGUGACGUCAUCAUUGCAAGUAGUGACGUCAUCACUGCAAGUAGUGACGUCAUCAUUGCAAGUAGUGACGUCAUCAUUGCAAGAAGUGACGUAAUCACUGCAAGUAGUGACGUCAUCAUUGCAAGUAGUGACGUCAUCACUGCAAGUAGUGACGUCAUCAUUGCAAGUAGUGACGUCAUCAUUGCAAGAAGUGACGUAAUCACUGCAAGUAGUGACGUCAUCAUUGCAAGUAGUGACGUCAUCAUUGCAAGUAGUGACGUCAUCACUGCAAGUAGUGACGUCAUCAUUGCAAGUAGUGACGUCAUCAUUGCAAGAAGUGACGUCAUCACUGCAAGUAGUGACGUCAUCAUUGCAAGAAGUGACGUAAUCACUGCAAGUAGUGACGUCAUCAUUACAAGUAGUGACGUCAUCAUUGCAAGUAGUGACGUCAUCAUCUCAAGACAUUAUUUCUUUAAAAAGACAAAGCAUGUUUAAAUUUUAUGUUUACAAGAACUUCAACUUUGUAAUGUGUAGUAAACUUCUAUCAAUGAUUUUCUUUAUAAUUCACGGCAAUAA